AGUGUCGGCGCUUUCACUCUCCGUCGCACCAUUUGGCGAACGCUUCCGCCAAGGGUGCGUCUGCCUGUACUCGUGUGAGCUGACACGUGUCGCUCGUCAGUAGAGCCUCCACAAUGUCGGGUGUUUACACCAAGAAACACGUGGAGGACGUCUUCGACAGGUCGGAGGGUGCCCUACCUUUCAAAUUGCAGAGGAUAGCGGAGGAGGAGCUUGGAGAGACAUCCGCCAAGAGGCAGGAUGCGCUAGCGAAAUUGGCGCAACUGCUGUCAGGGCUGGAACAGCUUCGACGAAUAGCAGGGAGCUGCGCAGGACGCCAGUUCCUUCUUCGCUUCCUGCGUGUGCGAAAGUACGACGUGGAGGCUGCACUGCGCACCAUUCGAAACUACUAUAAAAUCCGCAACACGAGUGGUCCAGUGUUCCAGGACUUCCUGCCUCACAAGGUGAUCUCCGCCACGCGCAAGCUAAUGAUGGUCAUGCCUGACACGGACGUUCAUGGACGCCCCAUUUUCCUCUACAAGCCUGGAUCCUGGAUCCUCGAUGAGACUUCUUAUGUCGAGAUGCACCGAGCCCUAAUGCUUUGCUUGGAACACUUGGCCAAAGACCCGGCAACACAAACGCUGGGCAUGGUGAUCCUGUUUGACUACGCCGGCUUCACUCCAGAAAAGUUGCUCGCCUUCAACAUUGGGCUCAUAAGAAGAGGCGUCGAAUAUUUGCAGGACUGCAUGCCAAUGCGCCUGGAAGCUGUGCACACUGUGAGACAAGGCGUGGCAUUCGACAUGUUUUUUACUCUCAUCAAGCCUUUUCUGAAGACGAAGCUUAUUCAGAGGUUUCGUCUGUACGGUGAAAAGUUCGAAGCCCUGCACAAGGAGGUACCACCCCAGAUACUUCCCGAAGAGUACGGGGGCCAGGCUCCACCUCCCGACUUCGACGGCUUCUGGAGCGAGCUGGAGCGACGUGAGGACGAGUACCGAGAGAACAGCAGUUACGGCUACGUCAGAAGGCGCGACGAAAACUUCGCCACGGACGCAGAGAUUGAGAACGAAGCCACGUUCUUGUAAAUAAUUUUAAAAAUAUAAAACGGAAAGCAAUGUAUCGUCCAAGUUCACUUGUUUAUAUAGCGCUGGUCAAGCCUCCGUUGAUAGGUACAGAUUGGAAUGAUGCAGAGAUGCUUUAAAAAGUAACCUUAAUUAUACAUAUUCCACCAAUUCCGCUUGCACGUACAGUCGGUCAGAAAAGUUAAUGGGACGUGGGAUUCGCGAGAAAGCUGAAUUCCAGCGAAACGUAGGCACGUAGCCUCGGUAAAGAAGUUU